GUACAUUCAUUCUUUCAGACGUACACGUGUGUAAGCCUAACCAUGGGCAAAUCCAAACAAACAGGAAACCACAAGAGUGACAAGAAAAAGAAUAUAGCGAAGACAUGGAAAACCAAACGCAGGACCAAGGAUUUAGACCAGAUACACUCAGACAUGAAGCCAGAGAUGGCAGCCAAGUUGCUUAAACAGGAGGUGGACCAUGACGUUACAGGAUGUGCCCAGCACUACUGCUUACACUGCGCGAGAUACUUUGUGGAUAUGAGAUCUUUGAAAGAGCACUUUAAAACUAAAGUGCACAAGAAACGGUUGAAACUGCUUAGAGAAGAACCCUAUACCCAGGCAGAGGCAGAGAGAGCAGCAGGUAUGGGCUCCUACAUCCCUGCUAAAACCGUUGAUGUGAAGACACAGCCUAUCGAAGAGGACAUGGACUGAGAUCUACUCAUCUUAACUAAUGGACUAAUUGAUCCAAUUGCAGAUCCAUUAACAUAUCGGAUAAUGGUACUGCUCUAUAUGUCAGAGGUGCCCAUUUCCAAUAGUUGCUCUAUCAUUUACUGUGGGAUAACAUUUUCCUUUGCACCUAAAUGCAAAAGGCGUGAGGUCUUGGGCUAUUGGCUAGGAUCAAGAAAACCUUGUCAUAUAGUAUGUAUUAUUUUGCAAAUCUGUACAUGUCCAUGUAAAUAAGUAAUACUGGUCGAAGAGCGUGCAAAUUUGAACAGAUGGUAAUAAAAAUGAAUAGAAGUCGUCAGCUCUAUAGUAGUCAAAAGUGGUAUUGUUUCAACACCAUUUUUUAAAGCUGCUACAAGGAGUUUAGAUUUUUUGACUUUGUGAGCCCCCGUGGAACGACUUCAUUUCUCAUAAACAUUUUGCACAAGCCACUUGCCUUUGUUUUAAAGAGAAUGAGAGAUAUGGUGUUUGGAAAAGCAGGUGUUUGCAAGAUAUAAGAUAUAUAGUCAAAGAUUAAAUGAUGUUUCUGUUAAUUGUGGCUAUGUAUCUUGUCUCUGCCGUAUGUCAUUUUUUUUAGAUUUUGAAGGGAAUACAACACUUGAAACUAUUUGGAAUCAUAAUACAGUAAUAUUAAAAAUUAAA